AUGCCAAACGUAACUCCACUUUUCAAAAACUACGUGGCCGUUUUUCUGGAAGAUUCAAAUUUAGUUGCCAGUCCUGAGAUCCGACAGAGCUCAGAAGCCCAGGAAAAGUAUCAAGUUCAAGACACUUUUGUAAAAGAGUGUGUAGAGCUGCUCAAACAUGUGCUUGAGCUUCAAAAAGUAGUAGGAUCAAUCAAGACGCAGUACGAAAGUGAGCUGGACCUCACAGACCGCGAAAAAGACGACUUCGACACGGAAGUACGGUUGCUGAUACAGCAGUAUUUUGAGAAGCUUAGGUUCUUGGAGCAUUACGAAAAAAAGCGACAGGAUAUGGUGGAAAAAAAGUAUAUGGGCGAUUCUGUUGGUGAGCUAGUUUCUCUUUUCCGUUCCAAAGACGAAUCUUUGGCCUUAUUCCACGCCACCAAUAACAAGCAUAGAAACGGGAUCUUGCAAUCUCUGAGCAUGAUUAUAUCGUCCAUUUUCUCCCAAAUAUCCCACAUGCAGCAACAGAGGCUGUCCCGUCAAAGAGAGCUGGAGUCGAUUGACUUCAAUGCUCAGUUGUACACUUCGACCCACAAUAUGAUCGCCUCCGUUUCUCAGCAUCCUGCGAUCGAAACAACAGACGAAGAGGUGCGUGAAUACGAAGAAACUGUAGCUAAACUUUCUCAAGAGCAGCUUCAGAUCUUGGAGACAGAGCACGAUGACUUAUUGAACAUCAAAACGCAAGAACUACAAAAAGUAGAAAACUUGCGAAAGACAAUGGUUCAAAUUACCUCUAUGCAAAACGAAAUAGCAUCGCAUCUACAGUCACAGACCCAAAGUAUCUAUUCUCUGCUCGACAAUCACGAUGACAUAGAACUGGAGAUUCAGCAAGGUAACAGACAAUUGAAAAGGGCUCAAAGACAUGGCGGAAAGUCUGCUAAGCUUAUAGUGUACCUGUCCGUGUUCUUUGGAAUUUUGAUUCUUUGCCUGGACAUCAUCAAUUAA